CACACACACGAUCAUGUACAGGCUUAAGCUUUUCUUGUAGCCAUAGUGUAAGCCUUUGACUCUCGACAAUGGCGACGAAGCUGUUUUCUCCGCCGUUGUCUUGUCCAUGGGUGACUUCAAGAGAUGUAGUAAUCAAAGGGCGGCGGAGACGGGGAUGUGAUACGAAGCGGAACAGAGUAGCCGCCGUCACUGCGAUGGCUGUGGAGCCUCUCUCUGCUGUAUCUUCUUCAGCGAUUCAGAUUCAUCAAUGGUGGGAACAGAGCCCUAGUUCAUUACUGUUGAUGGCUGAGACAGGUGGUGGUUACUCGUUAGCUAGCUACUACACGUCUCUGGGUUUGUUCGUCAUCUCAGUUCCAGGUCUUUGGUCUCUCAUUAAACGCUCUGUUAAAUCAAAGAUAGUGAGAAAGACGUUCGUUGUUAGCGAAGGGAUCAAAAAGGAGCCAAAUCAAGUUGCUGGAGAGAUUCUUUCUUUCUUCACAAGGAAGAACUUUAAUGUUACUGAUCGAGGAGAAACAAUCACGUUUGAAGGAACAAUGGUUCCAAGUAGAGGACAAGCUGCUCUGCUCACGUUCUGUACAUGUAUAAGCUUAGCAAGUGUGGGUCUUGUCCUAACCAUUACGGUGCCUGAUUUUGGAAACAAUUGGUUCUUUAUUACCAUUCUUAGUCCACUCGCAGGAGCGUAUUACUGGAAGAAGGCGUCGAGGAAGGAGGAGAUAAAGGUGAAGAUGAUGGUGGGAAAAAAGGGGAAACUGGAUGAGAUUGUGGUUCAAGGAGAUGAUGUACAAGUUGAAGAAAUGAGGAAGGAGCUUCAGCUUAGUGAGAAAGGCAUGGUUUAUGUUAAAGGUCUCUUUGAGAGAUCAUGAAAACAAACACAUUCAAAUCCCAUUUUUGCCUUUGGGGGAGAGAAUGUGUGUUAUAUAACUGUUGAAUGAUAGAUGAGAUUAAAUGACCAUUUGACUCAUUUCAUCAUAGUAAAUGAAUUGAUUUAUAUUACAAAUCAAUAUAAUAUCA